AUGACAAACCUGGAAGCGCUGAUCACCAACAUCGAGCUCUGCAGCGAGGUUGACGGCUGCAGCACGAUCACGUUUCCCACCCUCAAGAAGCUUUCCGUCAACGACGAGAUUAAGAAAGUGUCAGUGAGCUACAAGAAGAUCUGCUCAGAUGUCCCCUAUCCUGAGGAAGUUGUGCAGAACUGUAUGCAGGAGACUCUGAACUUCUUCUACUUCAUCCUAACAAACAGAGAAGACACGGACUUCAUUUUAAAGGAUUUGGGCACUCUUGCUAUCCGGGGAACAGAAGUGACAAUGGCAUUUUGUGAAGACUUUUUACUAAGCCUCAACAAGUCUACAUACGUGGUAGACAAGUUGCUCACUAAGAAACAGGUCACAUCAGACAAAGAAGUCACCUUCUCUCCGAGCCGUCUUGGCCACGUCUACCAGUUUCCACAACCGUUGCCAAAACCUGCAGGCGCAGAAGGACGGCAGCACAAAGACACUCCGCUUGAGAGCCCCGAAUCGGCAUUGCCGCCUUCGGAAAAGUACAGGCAGAAAAGAGAGCUGCCCCAGGAGACGGAAGAGACCCUCAUGCCCCCAGAGACCACCUCCGAUACAGGAGAGGGUCUAGAAACGACAGAGGUUUGGAUCCAGGCGAGGAGGCAGUUUCGAACCGAGCUGGAAAGCUUAGGAGACAUUGAAACUUGGCUGAAAAAAAAAUUUACCCUCAGCAGUCAAGAAGAAAGAUGCUGGGAAAGAAUUAAGUCACGCAGAGCAGACAGGAGGGCUGCUGCCAAAUCAGCCGUGACCGACAGCCUGGAACACUCACCACCAAAGAGCAGCCAGCCCCAGAAGAAGCGUGCCAUUCCCCUUGUUUGUGCACCAUACCCCCAGGCUCUUGUCACACUGCAUAACCUCCUGCACAAAAAGCAGCUGAGGAUGGUGAACAUAUUCAAGAAGGCUGGUAUGGACGGGAAGAAGAUCAAGAGAAAAGACUUCAUUAAAGUCAUCAAGGAGACUAAAGUUCCCAUCAGCGACAAGGAUCUGGAGGACAUGGUCAUCUUCUUGACUUCCUCAAAACCAGGGAAUUUUACAACCCUCAAAGAUCUGGCUGAGUGUCAAAAGCAGUGGCUGGAAAUGAGGAAAGGACAAUCCCAAGACACCAAAACAGACGAGACAAAGCCCGAUGCUUCUACCAAACCCAAAAGAAAGUUAACACACUUGGAAGUUCCGCCAGUCAACACUGAGCCAGAACGAAGACAUCUGAGCUAUGAUGAAAUGGAAGAGGCCGGAAAACUCUUUAGAGAGAGGAGACGGUGGGAGAAGAACAAAGACAGCCCGAUAGAACAGAAAGAAAAGUGCCGGAUGGUGAGAUCUGGGGAUGGCCCCAUUGAUGAGCACUGCCUGCCAUCAACUCUAGAAGCUGACUUGGGAGAACUGGUGAACCAAUAUCGGAGGAAAACCGUCACAAGCUACCUGAAUUGCACCAAGCUGUGCAAAGACCGCGACAUUCACAUCACCGAGCGAACGCUGCAGAGAGCCCUACUGCAUCCAGGAGACAGGAUCAUCAAGGAGGGAGAAGACGUAAGGAAGAUCAGGCAGCCCGGAGGAUACUAUGGAGCAGGACUUGCUGAUGAUGCUUCAUCACCUGCAUCUGGAAGCCAGGCCAAGGAGGUGAAAGACAG